GGGAGGGGAAGGAAGGGGCCAUGGCCGCCUGCUGAGGCGGCGGCGGCGGGGGGGAGGGGGUGGCUCGACCCCCGGCUCCGGGAGGCGAGGCGAGGGCGGACGGACGGACGGACAUGGGUCCCCGGAGGAAUAGCAGCAGCAGCAGCAGCCGCCGCCGUCGCCGCCGCCGGAGGACGCGGUCCUGAGAGGCCCCGGGGCCCAGGCGCAGCCCCCCGGGCGGGCUGUGUUGCCGCCUGCUGUGCUAUGAGCAGUCAGAACGUCUUCUCCACGAGAGUUUGCAAAUGAAAAUGGAGGAAAUGUCUUUGUCUGGCCUGGAUAACAGCAAGCUGGAGGCCAUUGCUCAUGAGAUUUAUACAGACCUGGUGGAAGACGCUUGUCUGGGACUCUGCUUUGAGGUGCACCGGGCUGUCAAGUGUGGCUACUUCUUCUUGGAUGACACAGACCCUGACAGCAUGAAGGACUUUGAGAUUGUAGACCAGCCUGGAGUGGAUAUCUUCGGGCAAGUGUACAAUCAGUGGAAGAACAAGGAAUGUGUUUGCCCCAACUGCAGCCGCAGCAUCGCCGCCUCCCGCUUUGCUCCCCACCUGGAGAAGUGUCUGGGCAUGGGCCGAAAUAGCAGCCGCAUCGCCAACCGUCGGAUCGCCAGCAGCAACAACAUGAAUAAGUCUGAGAGCGACCAGGAAGACAACGAUGAUAUCAAUGACAACGACUGGUUUUAUGGCUCGGAGAAGAAAGCAAAGAAGAGAAAAUCAGACAAGAACCCCAACUCCCCUCGAAGGUCCAAGUCGUUAAAACACAAAAAUGGGGAACUUAGCAGCAAUUCAGAUCCUUUUAAGUAUAGCAACUCUUCUGGGAUCAACUAUGAAACGCUGGGUCCUGAGGAGCUUCGAACCCUGCUUACCACACAAUGUGGGGUGAUCUCUGAACAUACAAAGAAGAUGUGUACUAGGUCCCUUCGCUGCCCCCAGCACACGGAUGAGCAGAGACGGGCUGUGCGUGUCUACUUCCUGGGCCCCUCAGCCCCUUUGCCUGAGGCAGAGGGCUCUGUAGAGAACGACAGCUUUGAUGUGGCUGACAGCCAGGCCCUGAUGAGCCGGCUACAGUGGGAUGGCUCCUCUGAUCUCUCACCCUCUGACUCUGCUUCUUCCAAGACGAGCACUAAUAACUCUGAAUCAAGGAAGACCAAGAAAAAGAAACCCCACCUAAGUCUGGUGGGGGCAGCUCCAGGCCUCAGCUCCAACAAGAAGAAGAAGCCAAAGCCCCCUGCACCCCCCACACCUAGCAUCUAUGAUGACAUCAAUUGACCAGAGGCUGGAGGGUGUUCCCUUAUCUGGGCCAAUCUCCCCCAUCCCACCCCAAUUCUGGUUGACAGGUGGCAGCCUUCGGCAAAGGCCGGGGAUUUGGGGUUGUGAAGUAUGGGGGGGGAUCACACCAGCUCCUGGUUUGAACCACAGCAUGAUGGCAGGAUCCUAUUGACUGUGCACGACCCUCAGGCGUGCAGGACUCAGACCUGGACAUACUCUGCCUUGAACAAGUUUUUCUGGGGAGAGUGUUUUUUUAUUUAUUCUGUGAUUUCCUGGAUGUCCAGCUGGGAUUGAGAGGAGCGGGGCCAGACUUGGAUACCAUGCUAGGGUGCAUAUACUGCCUGCCUUUCACCCCAGGGAUUGAAUGAAAUCCCAUGGAAGGCACAUUGUGGCUGUCCUGGGGGCUGUGCAUUGGGAACUGAGCCCCAAAGAGGCCCGUCUGCCUUUCGCAAUGUGAAUGGGUCUGGUGCUUGUGGCUGAGGGCUACUCUGCUGCCCGUUCCCAGAGUCCUGUCCAAUGACCCUCUUCCUGGAGUGGGUGGGUAGGCACAGAGUAUCCCCUUCUUGGGGCAGUUCAGACUGGUUCCCCUCUCCACCUUUCUCCUCAGUAUCUUAGGGUCACCCGGGCCAUGUGAGCCCCCCCUCUGUUGGAGAGCCAAGAGGGGCUGCCAGAAACCUCUGGCUUCAGGGAAUGGGAAGGGAGAGGGGAGGAAGGGGAAACUGCUUAUCGGAACUUUCCUUUUCCCCCUUCCCUAAACCCCAGAACCCUUGGGGGACAGGGCCCCAAAGUGAGUGGGAACGGUGCUGCUUUAUUUGAAAUGUUUUCUUACCUCAUCCCCUGCCCUGGGAAAGGGCCCAGCCUCACCCUCAGGGUGGCCCCAAGUUCCCCCUGCUUACCCUUUUGUCCUGAUAGGACUCCCCAGGUCCUUAUUUGCUGCUUGCUGCCCUCUUUCACUCCUAUGUGCUUUAGUUCAUCUCUUGCCUUUCCUUCUUAGCUUCCCCCCCCCCCCCCAAGUUAUUUAUUCUGGACUUGUGGUCUGACAUUCUGAGGAGAGUCCUGAUCUUAUAUAGUGGUUGGGAAGAGGAUAGAUGUGCCCAUAGGCUUGUACCAGAGGAGAAAAAGACCUAGUACACCAGAUAUUGCCCAUUACAUCCUGCAAAGUUGGAAUGGAAGUAUUCCCUUUUCCCUCCACCUUACCACCCAGACCCAUCAGGCCUGGGGGUCUGGGAUACUUACCAGUUUUGAAAGUUAGUGGGAAUACUACUGGACUUGAAACACAAUAUCCUGAGUAACCUUGUGGAGGGAGUGGGGUGGGCAUUUAUCUUUCCUCCCAGGAUGGGGAAAUCCAAUACUGAUCUGGCCUACUGGAUCCUAGCAUUAGUAGACAGGACUGGAUUAACAAAUUUGGGUGGGUCCUGGAUAGCUAGCAGAUUGGGGGACCCCCCCAAUUCCUACCCACCAUCUCCAACUCCCUGGCUGGGCCUGGUUACUGAUUGGUUUUUAACCCAAGAAUUUUGUUUUUUAAAGGAAGAAAUAAAGCCAAACCUGAGUGUGAGAGUAGAAGCUGGGCCCCAGGGCAAUCCCUGCCCCGUAUUUACAAUAACCCUCCCCCUUUUUGGAGGGAACCUAGCGCUCCUUAGCCCUUCCAAAUCAUGUCUUGGAAGCAGGUUGGUAUUGGAGAAGGGGCAAUCCUGCUGGUUGGGUGGGGGCAUGGAACCCCCACCUUCUGAGAGGUGACAACAGCUCCCCGGGGCCCAGUGAUGCUUUUAUUAUACUGAGGCCCAGGUGGUUCCUACCUUCCCCUUCCUGUCUGAAGAGGGAAAGCUAGGAAGCAUUUUGGGAGAUUUCCCAAUGUUGACUUGCCCAACUACGAUUCAGCUCUCUGGGCACAGCCCCACUCCCUGCUGGGCUAUAUGAGAUGAGCCUGGCCCAGCUGGGAUCUUUAGGGAACAAUUUCUUUCCCUUUGGGGAAAGAGGGCUUACUGCCCUUUAAUUGCUGGGUUAGGAGCUUUCCAGGCCUCUCCCUUUCCCUUCUCUAGUAACAGGCUAUGUGGAUUUUGCUUCCCUUCCUUCCCCUAGUUCCCAGCUAGAUGUACUGUCCAUCCUGUAGCCUCUCAUGUGUCUGAGUAUGUGUGUGGGGGUUCUGUAUUGAUUUUUCUUUGUGGCCGGUGGCUUUUCUCCUUCCAUGCAUCACUCCCCCCCUGCAUGCCCAGGGGCCACCUGCCUGGCACUAAUGCAUGCUGGGGCCAUUGGGAGGGAGGGGUGUUGCUGUCCUGUGGUUUUGAAAUUUUAUUUUUGCAUAUGUAAUCCAUCUUGUACAGGUAGCUAACUUUGUAAACGCUGUGUAUUCCCCAUCCCCCAUGGCUGCUGGUGUAAAUAAAUUGCAUUUUCCUGUU